GACGUCGAAUUGGGCUGUUUGUUCUGGAUUCAGGGGUGAGGAAGACCUGCGCGCGCUGACAACCGACAGAAGAAGUGUUGUGAUUCCUUGCCCUUCUACAGCUCUGUCUCAGACCCCCUCUACUCCCCUCGUCAACCAACCAACCAACCAACCAACCAACCAACCAACCAACCGAAGACUGGCCGGUCUCUCUGUUUCUCUCUCCCCACCAGUGUUGUGAUUCCUUGUCCUUCUACAGCUCUCUCUCUCUCUCUCAUACCCCCUCUACCCCCCUCGUCAACCAACCAACCAAAGGAAGACUAGCCCCUCUCUCCUGCCUCCCUCCAGGUCACUACUCCACCCCUCCAUUCUGAGAGACAUGACACUCCCUCUGGACUAGACCAAGCCUGCACCACAACAGACAAACAUAGAGUCCAGCGUUUUGUGUGAUGGCCUGAGAGGGCUUCCAAGUCUAGCCUGCCUCCUCUCCCGGGUCCAAACUGUCUGACUGGGACUCUCCCCCUCCCCGCCUGCUACGCCCUGCCUCCGUUGCCAUGGGAGACGGCCUGGAGGCGGGCAGCAGCCUAGACCCCGCCCCCCGCUCCCUCUCCUGUAACCCCCCGCCCCCCGAGACAUGGAACCCCUCGAGGCCUAAACGACAGACCAACCAGCUACAGUACCUGUUGAAGGUGCUGUUGAAGACGCUGUGGAAACAUCACUUCUCAUGGCCCUUCCAGGCUCCCGUAGAUGCCAUCAAACUCAGCCUGCCUGAUUACUAUCAGAUCAUCAAGGUUCCUAUGGACAUGGGGACCAUCAAGAAGAGACUGGAGAACAGCUACUAUUGGAAUGCCCAGGAAUGUAUACAGGACUUCAACACCAUGUUCACCAACUGUUACAUCUACAACAAGCCUGGUGACGACAUAGUGUUGAUGGCAGAGGCUCUAGAGAAGAUGUUUCUUCAGAAGAUCUCUGAGAUGCCCCAGGAGGAGACUGAGAUCCCCAUGGUUACCAAGGGGCGGAGGGCGGGGCAGAGAGAAGCAGGUUUCCUGUCUAAGUCUGACUCCGGCCAGGAUUCAUCUCCCUCCUCCACCCCCCACACCCGAGGUUUCUCCUCCCCGUCGCCGGGCCCUCAGACUCGGGGUCUCCCCGUAUCCCAGGGGCCCCCCACCCUCCCCCUCGCCCUCCCCCCUCAGACCCAUCCCCCUCGCGUUCCCCCCACCCCUCCCUCCCACGCCCCCCAGCUGGGACCCCCCUUCCCCGUCAGCCCUCUGGAUGUCCUGGCCCAGGGCCUCACCCACGUACCCCACCACCCCCCAGCCAACCCAGGCCUUCACCCUGCUGCCCCACCCAUCCUCCAGAGCAUCGCACCCCCAGCUAAGCAGAGGAAGAGCCAGAAGAGGAAGGCUGACACCACCACGCCCACCGCCAACGACCAGCUCAGUGAGUCGUCUCCCGUGGCGACAGAGCCCCCCCGCCCCCGCCGCGAGAGCAGCAACCGCCCGCUGAAGCAGCCCAAACGAGAGCCCGCCCAGCCCGACUCCCAGCACCACCUGGGGCUAGGCGGGGGGGUCCCUGGGGGCGGAGCGUUAACGAGUCAUAGCGGGAGCCCCAAGCGCCAGGAGCAGCUGCUGUUCUGUGGGAGUCUGAUCAGAGACAUGUUGUCUAAGAAACACAUUGCCUACGCGUGGCCGUUCUACAAGCCUGUCGACGCGCACGCCCUCGGCCUCCACGACUACCACCACAUCAUCAAACACCCUAUGGACCUCGGAACCGUCAAGGAUAAGCUGGACAGCAGGCAGUACAGAGAUGCUCAGGACUUUGCUGCUGAUGUCCGGUUGAUGUUCUCCAACUGUUACAAAUACAACCCCCCAGACCAUGACGUGGUCAAUAUGGCACGCAAACUACAGGACGUAUUUGAGAUGCGCUUUGCCAAAAUGCCAGACGAGCUUGAGGAGACGGCCCCCCUCCCCUCCCCAGCCCUCAAACCUCUCCCCAUCCCCUCCCCUGCCCUCCACCCCCUCCCCGUCCCCACCCUCCACCCCCUCCCCACCCCCUCAGCCAAACAGCCCCCAGCCCCCCGACCCCCCUCCUCCUCCGAUGACAGCUCCUCCUCGUCGGAAUCAGAAUCCUCCGAGGGAGGUUUGGAACACGAGAGAACACAGAGACUGGCUGAACUACAGGAACAGCUCAAAGCUGUUCACGAACAGCUGGCCGCUCUGUCCACGCCCCAGGCCACCAAGCCCAAGAGAAAAGAGAGGGAGAAGGAGAAGAAGAAUAAAGACAAGUACAAGAAGAAGAUAGGAGGGGAGGAGCCACUGGAGAUCCCUCCCCCUGCCAUCCUCCAGCCAAUCAGAAAGAGCAAAAACAGCAAGGAGCCGGUGACCACGCCCAAGAAGAUCAAGAAACCGAGUAAAAAAGAAAGUAUGAAGAACAGUCGUCCGGGCGCCCCACAUCAGACCGGCUCCACCCCCCUUGCCCCCUCAGCCUCGCUGGAGGCAGAAGAUGACACGAGUGUGUUUGUGGGCGGGGCAGCUGACAGGUGUAAGCCAAUGUCCUACGAGGAGAAACGCCAGCUCAGUCUGGACAUCAAUAAACUUCCCGGCGACAAGCUUGGCCGCGUCGUCCACAUCAUCCAAUCACGAGAGCCAUCGCUCAAGAACACCAACCCAGACGAGAUAGAGAUCGACUUUGAGACGCUGAAACCCUCGACGCUCCGAGAGCUGGAGAAAUAUGUCUGGACCAGCCUUAGAAAGAAAAAGAAAUCCCAGCCAGCAGUAGAGAAGGCUCUGGAGGUGACCAGUGUGAUGAAGAUGAAGACGGGAUCUUCAUCAGGCAGCAGUGACUCCUCUGACAGCGACGACACAGGGCUGGCCCCCCAGCAGCAAAAGUCCUCCUCUAGCAAUAUAUACUGUAAGAGACCCCACCAGUCCAGCAGGGGCGGGGUCAGCAUCACUGCCCCUCUGGACCCCUCCUCCCCCCAGACCCCCCUAGUUCAAUCCAAACCCCCCCAGCAGCAGCAUCAACACCCCUUCGCCCCCCCUCCUCCUCCCUCCAUCCCCACUGUCCCCGUGACCUCUCUGGACUCCUCUUUGACCUUUGACCCCCUAGCUCACUUCCUGGCCCCCCAUCUUAGCCAGCAGGUGGGGGAGCCCCCCCGUAAUGAACUGGGUGCCCCUGCCGCCGGACCCCCCCACCUCAACGCUACCAACACACACACACACCCGGCCACACACACCUCUGAGAGCACACAGCCCUUCCUCAACCACCAGGCCGUCAUGCCCUCCGUCAUGCUCUCCCCAGCACUCCACAACGCUCUCCCCCAGCAGCCGUCCCGCCCCAGCAACCGAGCGGCCCCCAAACCCCCUCAGCCUCCCCCCUCCUCCCUCCCCCCUCCACCGCCUCCGCUCCUCCUCCCCCCAGCCCUCCCUCCACAUUCCCCAACCCUCCCUCCCCAUUCCCCAACCCUCCCUCCCUCGCCCUUGUCUCCCCUCUCCCCCCACCCCCCACGGAAUCCUGGGGUCUCGGCCCAACCCCCUCAAGCCCUAUUUGAGGACGACGAGGAGGCCGUGCCCACUAACUCUGAAACCCCUCCCCUCCCGCUCAGCCAGAUGCACAUGUACCUGCAGUCGUCUCGGCCCCCGGCACACACACACUCCCACACACAGUCUCCUGAGCGGGUCCAGUCUCAGCCCAUGUCCCGGCCCCCGGCCCACACACAGUCUCCUGAGCGGGUCCAGUCUCAGCUCAUGUCCCGGCCCCCGGCCCACACACAGUCUCCUGGGCGGGUCCAGUCCCGGCCCCCGGCCCACACACAGUCUCCUGGGUGGGUCCAGUCUCAGCUCAUGUCCCGGCCCCCGGGCCACACACACUCUCCUGGGUGGGUCCAGUCUCAGCUCAUGUCCCGGCCCCCGGCCCACACACAGUCUCCUGGGCGGGUCCAGUCCCGGCCCCUGGCCCACACACAGUCUCCUGGGCGGGUCCAGUCCCGGCUCCCGGCCCACACACAGUCUCCUGGGCGGGUCCAGUCCCGGCCCCCGGCCCACACACAGUCUCCUGGGCGGGUCCAGUCUCAGCUCAUGCAGGCCAUGCAGACUCAGUCACAGGCAGCGGCCGCUCCAACCCAGCAACAGCAGAGGCUCGCAACACAUCCUCACUCACACCCUCACACACACCCUCACUCACACGCUCACACACACAUGCAGCAGGCGGGACAGGGGAUGUCGUUCCCCCAGCAACAGAGCACCAUGCACCCGGCACAGAAAGGGCUCAAGCAGAUACUACAUCCACAACCAUCACCACGGAUCAAAACUGAGCCUUUCAAUACAGGUCCUCUGAGGGAGAGCCCCUCCCCUCUGAUGAUACAUUCUCCCCAGAUGCCUCAGCUCCCACCAAUGAGACAGUCCCCUUCCCAGCCCAAGAAACCUAACCAAAGGGUGAAAGAGGAGAAGCCGCUCCCCUCCCCGGUGCUGCCCCCCUCCCCCUUCAGCCCCACCCAGCGACACCACAAACCACAAGACAACAAACACACACACAGAUCAGAUGUGAAGCUAUUGGACGGUUCUCGUCCUGGGCUCCGCCUCCCGGACUCCCCGGCCCCUUCCCAUCAGGACAGCAAACUGAAGCAAGAGGCUAAAACUCCCAUCACCGCCAAGAAGACACAGGAUGUGAAGUUAAAGAACAUGGGUUCCUGGGCCAGCUUGGCCCAGCGUUCUCAGUCUACCCCCGCCUCCGCUGUCCGCUCGUCUAGCGACAGCUUCGAACAGUUCCGUCGCGCCGCCCGAGAGAAGGAGAGAGAGAAACAGCUAAAAGCACAGGCCGAGCAGGCCAGGAGAGAGCAGGAGAAACUACGUAGCCGUGACGACGAGGACUCUGUGGAGCAGCAGGGGAGGGGGCGUGUCCAGGAGGACACUCGCCGUCGCCAGGAGCAACUUUCGCCUCAAGCCCCCACGCCCCCCGCCUCAACCCCUCCCGCCGACUCCCCACAGGCCCCUCCCACUCAACAGGCCCCACCCCCACCCUCGGCCGCAGCACAGAACGCCAUGGACCAGCAGAGGGAGCUGGCGAGACGCCGCGAGCAGGAAAGGAGGAGGAGAGAGGCGAUGGCGGACACCAUUGACAUCAACUUCCAGAGCGACUUGAUGGCCAUCUUUGAAGAGAACCUUUUCUGAGAGAGAGAUUGAGAAAGGAGGAGAGGGAGAGAAAGAGAUAUGAACUCUACCUUAUCCCACCAUGGCUGGGAUUUCACACACAACACCCUCCCCUCCCUCCCUCUCUUUGAUUAGAGACCCCAGACCAGGAUGUGAGCUCCAGAGACUUGAAGGAGACUGAGGUGAGGUACAGUAAUAAGGUGGAGCCCCCCCCCCCCCCAGCGGUGGGGACCGGGAGUACAACUUCCACUUUUUGCAAUUUCAGAUGCGUUUUUUGUGUCUAACUGCCCGUUUAUCGUUGAUGAUUGGUUGUCGCCGUGGGCAAUGGUGAAACCGGAUACCUAUGGAUAAACAGAUAUUUGAACUCCUCUUGUAUUCUGAAAUGAAACCGAGGGAGGAGGGGAGGACUGAGAACUAUUACCUGAAAAUAAAGAAGAAAAAAGAGGGUUUAAUGGAGAAAGAAGGAGAAGAUGAAUACCUGUUCUUCUAAUGUGCGAGAGGGAGGGGCGGGCGAGAGGAUGGACAGACUUCUUUCUCUUUGAUUCAUUUCUCUCUUAAUCUAGUAUUUUUCUCUCCCUGUUUUUUGAUGUUGGGUUUUAAGCGGGGUGGGUGAGGAGAUGGGGAGGGAGAAGUGGGCGGGCUGUGUGUGUUAUCAUGUUUGCGUCCCAAAAGGGCACCCUAUUCCCUUCAUAUAGUGCACUACUUGUGUCCAGGGCCCAUGGGGAUCUGAUCAAAAGUGGUGCGCUAUAUAGGGAGUAGGGUGCCAUUUGGGACGUAUCCUCUGAGAUGGGUUCAGUUUCUCUCCGGACAGCAAGAUGAACACCGGGGUCACACCCCAGCACUAUAAAGAAGCACCCUUCCUUCCUUCCUUCCUUCUCACUCUCCUUGUUCUUUGUGACAUCACUGACUUGACACAACUUGAAAGUGUAAAAGCUUGAACUCCAUUUUUUCAGUCAUGUCUGAUUCAUUGAUUAUUUCAAGAAAGGAGGCAGAGAGGGAAGAAAGGAGGGAAAGAGGGGAAAAGAGGAAGGAUGAGUGAAGAAGAGAGGGAAGGAAGAGAGGGAGGGCUGGGUACAUUUUAAAGGUGUUGGAAUGUGGCUCUUGCCUUACAGCUCUGACCUGUAAAUGAACACACGCCACAGAUUAUAUAUAUAUAUAUAUAUAAAUAGAUGCAUAAAUAUAUAUUAUAUACGAUGAAAAGUCCCUAAAAAUAAUUGGAUUAUGUUGUUGGGAGGGAGAACGGCUUAUCUGCCUUGUGCUCAAUUCCCUUUUGGUUUUUUAGAGAAUUCACUGUAAAAAAAAUAAAAAUAAUUUAAAAAAAACAUUUUUUAUGAUGCUAUAAAAAAUAGUUUUGUCUUGUUCAUAACCUCCUUUCUCUUAUCCUGUUUUUCUCUGUAUCAAGUUCAGAUAUUCAAGAGUUUAAAGGCCUCUGUUUUUAUUUAAAUACCAAAUAAUUUCUGGGUAACAAUUAGGUAUGUUACUGUGAUUGUUUUCAGUUAAAAUGGCCAAAAAUAAACAAAAAUAGAUUCUUAGCAAAGAGUAAUUUCUCAAGCAAGAAUUUUGCUAGGACUGGGAGUGGUCUGAGUGGGGAGGGGGAAACUGAAAAGUAGCUGUUAAUGACAGAGAGGUUUGGAACUCUUUCUUAUUGGUCUAUCAACGAAUUUAUCACAUGGUGAUGUCACCAGGCAGGCCAAAACUCCAUCCCACCAAAACAGGCUGAUUUUUCUUUUCAAACAGCUCUUACACUAAAAGGGCAUUAUCAUCAUUUUCAUAAUUUCACAGUAUUAUUCCAACCUUAUAGUGUGGAAAUAUAUAUAAAACACAGGAAAAUCACGCUUUUGACUGCACUGGCCUAUAACUACUUAACUUUGUUCUACUGUUCUGUAGCUACAUCCACCUGCUACUACACUUCCUUUCUUUUCUUCUUUAGCUUCUUACUCAUUUUCUUUUUUAUUCACUUCCAUUUGUUAAUCUCUCUCCUGUCAUCAUCUUCCUCUACCAUCCGUAUCAUAGCUUUUAUUUCGUUUUUAUUCCCUUCCUGUUUUUUGUUUAAAAAAAAAUAAUUGCUAUGUUUUUAGUUUCUGUGGUAACAGUCGGGGUUGUUGUCAUGUGCCAUAGCUGUAAGUGUUCUGGGGGCGUGGCCUGCGGUGUUGUCAUGUCCAGAUAUACAUCAAACCCCUGUAUACAGCUCUACAUACACUAUCUGUUCCUUUUAUUCUUUUUGGGAUGUUUUUAUUUAAUUUUGCCCCUUUUUCAUAUUUGACGGUUGUUUGUUUUGUUAUGUUUCUUGUCAUUGUUUUGUUUUGAAUCACCGGUUGGUAUGUUGGUGAGUGAGGUGUUAAGGUAGAUGGAUACAUUCUGUUCUGAUUAUGGAGUAAAACAUCUCUUUUUUCAAAAAAAAGAAAAGUAUUAAAAUGAUCUAAAAAAAUGA